AUGAAGCUUCUGCCACUGUUACCAGCCACCAUUGGCCUAUGUGCUGCUCUGCACGUGCCACGACUCGCAGCUGGAAACAAUGUUGAGCGGCGUGAUGGCACAGUAAAGGUGUCUUUUCCUGGAGGCUCAGUUGUCGGCAAGGCCCUACAGGGCAGGGAUUCUUUCAACGGGAUUCCCUUUGCCAAUCCUCCUAUCGGCACCCUCCGGUUAAAGCCUCCGCAAAAGCUUUCCGCAAAAUUAAACGAUUUCGACGGUACUGGAGUUGCAGCCGAAUGUCCGCAGAUGUAUGGCAAACAAUUGGAUAAGCCUAUAGGACAGGAAGACUGUUUGACUCUAAAUGUUGAGCGGCCUGCAGGAACCAAGGCUGGGGACAAGCUUCCAGUGCUAUUCUGGAUUUUUGGUGGUGGAUUUACGUUUGGAGCAUCCAACCUUUACAACGCAGAGAACCUCUUUGCUACGGCCCUGCCACAGAAGCAACCGUUUAUUUUUGUCGCUGUAAACUAUCGUCUAAAUGGCUUUGGUUUCCUCCCUGGCAAGGAAAUCUUAAAUAACGGUGCAGCAAAUUUAGGACUACUUGAUCAGCGACUCGGUCUAGAAUGGGUGGCAGACAACAUUGCGGCAUUUGGGGGGGACCCGGACAAGGUCACAAUUUGGGGCGAGUCUGCUGGAAGUAUCUCUGUCUUCGACCAGAUGUUGUUAUUUGGUGGCAACGCCAGCUAUAACGGCAAUCCUCUCUUCCGGGGAGCUAUCAUGAACUCCGGAAGCGUUAUUCCGGUGGAUCCAGUUGAUUGCCCCAAAGGCCAGGCAGUCUAUGAUCGUACAGUAGAACGAGGCGGAUGCCAGGGUUCGACUGACACCUUGGAAUGCCUUCGCCAGCUACCAUUCGAAAAGUUCUACAAUGCAGUGGUUACUGAACCUGCAGUCCUCUCAUACAAUGCACUGGCUUUAUCAUAUCUCCCACGCCCAGAUGGGAAGAUCCUACUGCAAAGCCCAGACGACCAAGGAUUAUCUGGAAAGUUGUUCGCGGUCCCAACCAUCAUUGGGGAUCUAGAAGACGAAGGCAGUAUAUUCGCAUUGUUUCAGCAGAACUUGACAACCCCGGGGCAAGUUGUUGAUUAUCUUGCAGAGCGAUACUUUACGCAUGCCACAAAACCACAGCUGCAAGAGCUUCUUGACACAUACGAAGCUGACCCUGCUGCUGGUAGCCCAUUCCGCACCGGUGAUGCCAACCAAAUUUACCCUGGCUUCAAGCGCUUAGCAGCAUUGCUCGGAGACAUGGUAUUCACCCUAACGCGACGGCUUACUUUGACGCUGGCAAGUGUAGUCAAGCCCGAUAUGCCAACAUGGUCGUAUCUUGCUUCUUACAAGUACAAUACGCCGAUUCUUGGCACUUUUCAUAUUUCCGACGUAAUGGAGAUCUUCUACAAUGAGAGCCCGAAUUCGUCCGUCAAAAAUUGCCGCACUUACUAUUUUAACUUCCUUUACAAUCAGGAUCCAAACGUCGGGGUUACCGGGCUGUCGCAGUGGCCAAGGUGGGCCGAUGGUAACAAGCUCAUGUGGUUCCAAGAGAACAAGACGGAUCUUCUAGCUGAUGACUUCAGAAACAAAUCUGCUGAUUUCCUGCUUAAUAACAAAGAUAUUCUCAAGUUUUAG